UGCGCCGCGUGCGCAACGCGUGAGGAAUUGUUAGUAUAACCUGUCGUAAUGUUUUUUCGCUAACAUUCUUCGACGUUAUAGUUAUAACAGUUUGCUUGAAGUUUAAAUAACAAUAAAAUAAAUUAAUAAACUCGAGACUGUAACUUUGGAAAGACAUAACUUAAUUAAAAAUGACCGUCGAUGGGACAAAUAGCAACGAACAGGUGAUUUUCGUCACGGGAGGUUACGAUCACACUAUCAAGAUAUGGCAACCACAUACAGGCGUCUGUCAACGCACAUGUCAACAUACGGAUUCUCAAGUAAAUGCGUUAGAUAUAACACCAGACAAGUAUGUGAUAGCUGCUGCUGGAUAUCAACAUAUACGGAUGUAUGACUUAGCUUCAAACAAUCCCAAUCCUGUUAUUAAUUAUGAAGGAGUGUCAAAAAAUAUUACUAGUUUAGGCUUUCAGGAAGAAGGAAAGUGGAUGUAUACAGGAGGAGAAGACUGUUCUGCAAGAGUAUGGGAUCUCAGAUCGAGCAGCUUCCAAUGUCAAAGACUUUUUCAAGUGUCUGCACCUGUAAAUUGCGUUUGUUUACAUCCUAAUCAAGCAGAAUUGAUUGUUGGUGAUCAAAGUGGAGUCAUACACCUAUGGGAUCUUCGUUCAGAUCAUAAUGAACAACUGAUUCCUGAGGCUGAAUCUUCGAUUCAAGAUAUCGCAGUGGAUCAGGAUGGCACUUACAUGGCAGCUGUAAAUAACAAAGGACAUUGCUAUAUCUGGACUCUAAUGGGAGGCACUGGAGAAGAACCUACAAAACUUAAUCCUCGUCAUAAGCUCAUAGCUCAUAAGCGUUAUGCUCUUCGUUGUAAAUUCAGUCCCGAUUCUACAUUGUUGGUAACGACAUCAGCUGAUCAAACCGCUCGAGUAUGGAGAACAACCGACUUUUCUGAAGUACAAGUGCUUCAGCAUGAAGCAAAACGUUGGGUUUGGGACGCAGCAUUCAGCGCGGAUUCUCAAUAUAUAUUUACUGCUUCUUCAGACGGAGUCGCGAGAUUGUGGAAUGCGUCUUCGGGAACAGUAGAGCGGGAAUAUCAAGGACAUCAAAAAGCUGUCACAGCUCUCGCUUUUCGCGACGAAAUUGUUUCUGUAAACUAGAUUUGGAUAUGUAUGUGUUUACCAUAUGCAACAACAUAUACAAAAUAUAUACAAAACUUAAUGUGAUAAUUUAAUACUUGGUUUUGUUAGUAAAAACUAAGAUAUUGUGAAGUACAUUUGCAAAGUUUUGUGCUUCAUAUACAGGUGCGGCAAUAUCUUCUGUUUCUUCUCCUCUCUCAUUUAUUUUGAUACAUUUGGUUUAAUAAACUUGCAGUCUUAAAAUAAGUUUACACUUAUUUAAAGCAUAUAUCACAAAGCAACUAUGUAUGUACGAUAGACUCUUAAGUAUUAUACCGAUAAACAUCGAAACAGUGACAUAAUUGGUCAACAUAAAAAAAAAUAGUACUAAAUUGUUUACAUUCGCCUAAAUAAACUUGAAGAUCUUGUAUAUUCCUUUUCUUUUUUCUUCUUUCUCUAAGUUUUGUCAAAUUUUUAUUAGAUAAAAGAUAUUAAUUUACUUCUUUUUAUUUUAGUACAUAAGUUACUAAAUUAACCUUAGAAUGCACGAUUCACACACACAUAUAUAUGUAACCGAUGUUUGUGUUCGUGACAUUUAUUAUACUAUUAUAAGAGCUAUGUGAAUAUUAUAAUUUUAAGAUGACUUUAUGUAUAUAUGAAUAAGUACGAUAUUAUAUCUUACCAUUUAGUGAUAUAAUAAAUAUCACAAACAUCUUUGUAAAACUUUUAACAAAGCAGUUUUCUUCCCAAUAGAUUUCAUGUGUCUGUCACAGUGACAGGUCUUAUUCAUAUUAAAAUCGAUACGGUCAUAGUAUUAACACCUAACGAUAUUUAAAAUGUAUAAAAAAUAUUUUAAAAAUGGUUUGCAGUAGACUUCGUAACGUAGAGACAAUUUGGCGUAUGAAGUAACGUUUUGGAAGUCUGGUAACCAGAAAUAAAACUGUGUGUGCGUAGCCUAAAAUAAUUGUGAAAAUUUUACAAGAUAAUUGUUGUCAAAACAUAUUGUUGCAAACUGAUGAUGCAUUCUAAGCUUAAAAUAGUACAUAUAAAGAAUGUCUAACAACUGUUUCCUUGCACGGUAUGUAUUCUUGGAAUAUUCUUAUAUUACUUGUGAUCUGCUGAAGACACACACGACACGAGUACCAAUACGCAUU